UUUAAACCGGAAGAACGCGUGCUCACAAGGGGGGCUCAUACUUGAUCCAAGUUAGGAGCUGUGAGCUCAGCUGCUGCUAGCUAGCCUCAGGCCCAUCAUGUAGCUCAGCGCUGCCGAGCUCAUUUUCCCCCCUUUUUUCUGCAGAACGGUUACAGAAAUUCACCGUUUCCUUUAAGAGCUGCAGCUCGUGCAUUGAGCCUCGCGCUCGCGGGACCGACGCGAGCCGACUUCAGGCCGAAAGCGCACGAGUGCAUGAGGAUCACGGCUUAUAUUUCUGCACCUUUUGUUGCAAAGAAGAAAGGAGCGAGUGAGCAAGCGAGAGAGAGAGAGAGAGAGAGAGAGUGUCCUCCAGACCGCCGAAGAAGAAGCACGAGCGAGGGGGGGGGAGAGAGAGAGCGCGCGCGCGAGAGAGAGAGGGAGAUGGAGGGAGGGAGCGAGAACGAACGCAAAGUCUUUUGUGCUUCCCCUCCCCCCCACCGGAGCAAAGGGGAAAUGUCCGUGUCCAAAGGAGGAGCUAAGAAGAAGCCGCCUGUGCCCAGGCUCCCUAAGGAGGCGUUUGAGCAGCAACCUGCAGCUGCUACACCCCCGAGAGACCUGGACUCAAAAGCCUGCGUUACCAUCGGAGAGAAGAAUUUCGAGGUGAAGGCAGAUGAUCUGGAGCCGAUCGGAGAGCUGGGCAGGGGGGCGUAUGGAGUGGUGGACAAGAUGAAGCACGUGCCCAGUGGCAUAAUCAUGGCUGUAAAGAGAAUCCGGGCGACGGUGAACAGCCAGGAGCAGAAGCGGCUGCUGAUGGAUCUGGAUAUUUCAAUGAGGACAGUGGACUGCUUUUUCACAGUCACUUUCUAUGGAGCUCUGUUCAGAGAGGGCGAUGUGUGGAUCUGUAUGGAGCUAAUGGACACCUCACUGGAUAAGUUUUACAAGCAGGUCCACGAGAAGGGUAUGACCAUCCCUGAGGACAUCCUGGGCAAGACAGCCGUCUCGAUUGUGAAAGCUCUGGAACACCUGCACAGCAAACUGUCAGUGAUCCACCGAGACGUGAAACCCUCCAACGUGCUGAUAAACAUGCAGGGUCAGGUGAAGAUGUGUGACUUUGGGAUCAGCGGCUACCUGGUGGACUCAGUGGCCAAAACCAUGGACGCCGGCUGCAAACCCUACAUGGCGCCGGAGCGGAUAAACCCAGAGACCAAUCAGAAGGGCUACAAUGUCAAGUCUGAUAUCUGGAGUUUAGGAAUCACCAUGAUCGAGCUGGCCAUCCUUCGUUUCCCAUACGACUCAUGGGGGACGCCGUUCCAACAGCUGAAGCAGGUGGUGGAGGAGCCGUCCCCUCAGCUCCCCGCUGACCGCUUCUCCCCCGAGUUUGUGGACUUCACGACACAGUGCUUAAAGAAGAAUUCCAAAGAGCGGCCAAACUACACAGAACUCAUGCAACACCCCUUUUUCACCUACCACGACUCCAAAGAGACGGACGUGGCCAGCUUCGUCAAGAUCAUCCUGGGCGACUGAGCGCCUCUUCUCGGCGAAGGCGGGGCAAAGCGGGACUAAUUCCACAGAAAAAAAGAAAAGAAAAAAAAAACAACCACCCAAUUGCAAGACUGACACCUGUAAGCCACGCCCACCUCAGGCAGCAG